ACGACGAGGCAAGCGUUCGUUCGAUCGUUUGGUCACGUCAUCUUUUUUAUCCGUGUAAUGUCUGAUUUCUGUGUCCCACAUGCUUAGGGGUAACCGAAUUAAGAAGAAAUCCAAGAAUCCCCGCACCAGAAGAAAAGUUCGAGUGAUAGCGAACGUAAAUGUGAAUUAGAAAGUGUGUGAACUAUAGUCGCGAGGUGUCUCGUCCGUCCGGUUCGAUCUGGUUUUUAGCAGUUCAAACCGCGAGUUGGGCUCCCUUUUCCUCGUUUAUUUUUAUUUAGAAUUUAAUUGUGUGUAAAAAUUACUUCUAAUUUCGUUAUUAUUUGCAAUUUUGGUGGUAUAUUAGUUAAUAAAACCCAAACAAAAUGUCUGAGGAAUCGUCAGCAGAUCGGAAUGUCGAAAUUUGGAAGAUCAAAAAGCUCAUAAAAAGCUUGGAAAUGGCUAGAGGGAAUGGCACAUCAAUGAUAUCCCUGAUAAUACCGCCAAAGGAUCAGAUCUCACGUGUCUCCAAAAUGUUGGCCGAUGAGUUUGGUACGGCAUCAAACAUCAAGUCCCGUGUGAACCGUCUUUCUGUGCUCGGUGCAAUUACAUCUGUACAACAUCGGUUGAAAUUGUAUACUAAAGUACCUCCCAAUGGCCUGGUCAUCUACUGUGGUACCAUCGUCACCGAAGAAGGCAAAGAGAAGAAGGUGAACAUAGACUUCGAACCCUUCAAGCCUAUCAACACGUCACUCUAUCUCUGUGAUAACAAAUUCCACACGGAGGCCCUGACAGCAUUGUUGGCUGAUGAUAACAAGUUUGGGUUCAUUGUGAUGGAUGGUAAUGGAGCCUUGUUUGGUACGCUGCAAGGAAAUACUAGAGAGGUGCUUCACAAGUUCACAGUGGAUCUGCCAAAGAAGCACGGUCGUGGUGGUCAGUCGGCGUUGCGUUUCGCUCGUCUUCGUAUGGAGAAGAGACACAACUACGUGCGUAAAGUGGCUGAGGUGGCCACCCAGCUGUUCAUCAGUGCAGACAGACCGAACGUGGCCGGUCUCAUCCUGGCUGGUUCUGCCGACUUCAAGACUGAGCUGUCCCAGUCAGAUAUGUUUGAUCCGCGACUGCAAGCGAAAAUUAUCAAGCUGGUGGACGUGUCGUACGGCGGUGAGAACGGUUUCAACCAAGCCAUCGAACUGGCGGCUGAGUCACUCCAGAAUGUUAAGUUUAUACAAGAAAAGAAACUGAUUGGCCGAUACUUUGAUGAGAUUUCACAGGACACGGGCAAGUAUUGUUUUGGCGUGGACGACACACUCCGCGCGCUGGAGCUGGGCGCGGUCGAGACUCUGAUCUGCUGGGAGAACCUUGACAUUCAGAGAUAUGUACUGAAAUCACAUGCCACCAACCAGGAGACCAUCUUGCAUUUGACCCCCCAGCAAGAGAAGGACAAAUCCCACUUCACGGACAAAGAGAGCGGGGUAGAACUGGAGUUGGUGGAGUGUCAGCCGCUGCUGGAGUGGCUCGCAAACAACUACAAGUCCUUCGGCGCCACCCUCGAGAUCAUCACCGACAAGAGCCAGGCGGGGAGUCAGUUCGUGCGCGGGUUUGGUGGCAUUGGCGGUCUUCUCCGUUACAAAGUAGACUUCCAAUCGAUGCAGUUGGACGAUGAAGAAAUCGACAAUCUAUACGACGUAGAUGAUUAUUAGACGAAACGAUCGCGGAGUCCAGAGUCUCACCGGGUGCCGAGUCUCGUCACCAUCUGAGCGUCUGAGCCUCGUUGGGACUCCAACCGUGUCGGGACCUUAGCCUUAUCGAGACCACGGCCUCGUUGGGACCCCAGCCCCGUCGGGGCCCUAGCCUCAUCGCGGCCACGGCUUCGUUGGGAUCUCAGCCUCAUCGGGGCUCUGACCUCUGGGACUACAGCCUCGUCGAGACU